AUUUUCACAUAUUUUUAACAACAAGGGAACAAUUUUGCUGAGAACUUAGCAGGCAAAGAAACUUAAAGUAUUAGUGUACUAGUUUAUUUCAAAUAAAGCGGACGUUUCCAUUUUUUUCUAUUUACGAUAAAAACAACAUUUACCGACAAAUAUGGUAUUUGGAACUACUAAGCGUGAUAAAUUUUUUUUCAUUUGUGGAUUCUUUCUUGCAUCGUAUAUCUUCUUUAAAGGGAUGCAAAGAACGGAAAUUAUGAUUGAAAAGAAUCUAAAACCAAAUGAAUACUUAGUCUUAGCAGAUGUUCUUACAGACUUUCCAGAUAAGUGCUUUGCAGCGACCCACUGCAAAUUGUUUGAAAUUGGAGAAACUUGGAACUUAAAGACAACUUGCGGUCGUUCAACAUGCCUUCGGGAUGAAUUUAACAAGAACAGGCUCUUCGAAAAAGUGGAAACCUGUGAAUUUUUGCCACCGAUUAAAGAAAAAUGUACGUCAGAUAAUAACAGAAGCAAUAUAGUUGCACCAUAUCCAAAUUGUUGUCCUCAAUAUGUUUGCGAAGAACAAUCGGAACAGGAAGCUACAAAUGAGAGAAAUGAAGAAGUGGAAGAAAUAGAAAGGAACGAACUUUAAAGAACAUAAAAUUUAUAAAAAUUGUGAUUAAAAUGUGUAUUUAGAAAAAUAUACA